UUGUUUUGCCGUCGAGAAAGAUACACACGAAAAUAGAACUUCCAAAUUAUUGCACAAAUUAAAAGUCUUACCAACGCAUUAUCAUAGCCCCCGCAUUAUAAAAAAAAACGGGCUGGGCGCGGCGUGUACGUAAUAGCGUGUUAAAACGCUGCUGUUUAUCAGUGAAGUGAAUGAAGUGAGAAUUAAUUUUAUAAGAAUUUCCAUUUUGACGCAGCGGCGUUUCCUUUAUACGCAGCAAAUUAAUCAUAUUUAAAUUAAAUGCACAAAGAUUAAAAGCCAAAUUUUAUGGACAAUUUUGUACAAAUGAAGCAAUAAGGGAGUUCCAACAAAUUAGCACAAAAUGCUCGAAUCGCCCAAAUUUGUCGAGAAUGAUUUAUACGAUGGCAGCAGGAUGUUCACCUGGGUGGCGGACGCGGUUGGCCUAUCCGUGGACUUGGUCAACUUUCUGAUUUGCCAAAUAUCAGCCCUCUUUCUGGCCUCGCUCUUCCGCUCGCUGCUGCAUCCAUCGAAAGUGUCCUGCGGAGUGCGCCACACAGUCGCGUUAUCGCUAGGUCUGGCCUUUGGCUAUUUCAUCUUUGGACAGCAGGCAAUACACAUUGCCGGAUUACCAGCAAUAUGUUAUAUAGUCAUACGCACACAGCAUCCGCGUAUUGUGCAAAGAAGCGUUUUGCUGGUGGCCAUGGGCUAUUUGCUAUGCGUACAUUUGAUGCGUCAGCUUUAUGACUACGGCUCCUAUGCGCUGGACAUAACCGGACCAUUGAUGAUCAUCACACAAAAGGUGACGAGCCUGGCGUUUAGCAUACAUGAUGGCUUUGUGCGCAAGGAUGAGGAGCUGACAAAGGCGCAGCAAUAUCAUGCCAUUAGAAAGAUACCCUCAGCAUUGGAAUACUUUUCAUAUGUGUGGCAUUUUCAAAGUCUAAUGGCCGGCCCACUGGUAUUCUACAAGGACUAUAUUGAAUUUGUGGAGGGCUACAAUCUGUUAAAGCGUCCGCCAACCAAUGCCACACUGGACAAUGGCAAAACGGAAUUAAUUGUAGAGCCAUCGCCAACGAAAACAGUAAUACGCAAAGUGAUUGGCAGCUUGGUUUGCGCUUUCAUUUUCAUGAAGUUUGUCAAAAUGUAUCCCGUGAAGAAUAUGAAAGAGGAUGAGUUUAUCAAUGAUACUAGAAUGGCUUAUAAGUUUUGGUAUGCCAUGAUGGCAACCACCUGCAUACGUUUUAAGUAUUAUCAUGCCUGGCUUCUGGCCGACGCUAUAUGCAAUAACUCAGGCUUAGGUUUCAGUGGCUAUGACAAGGAUGGCAAUGCCAAAUGGGAUUUAAUAUCCAACAUUAACGUGCUGUCCUUUGAGUUCGCCUCUAAUAUGCGCGAUGCUAUAAACAAUUGGAACAUUGGCACCAAUCGCUGGCUCCGCACCCUUGUAUAUGAGCGUGUGCCCAAGCAAUAUGGCACAUUGCUCACAUUUGCACUGAGCGCAGUCUGGCAUGGCUUCUAUCCGGGCUACUAUCUCACCUUUGCCACCGGCGCUGUUAUAGUCACAGCAGGGCGCAGCGCACGUCGCAUGUUCCGCCAUCGCUUCCAAAGCACACAAUUUACGCGCAUGUUCUACGACAUACUUACUAUCAUUACCACUCGCAUUGUGAUGGGCUACGCAACAUUCCCAUUCGUUUUGCUUGAAUUUAUGGCCAGCAUCAAAUUGUACCUGAGAUUUUUUUUGUGCCUUCACCUCAUUUCACUUGUGGCCAUAUUUAUUUUACCACGCUUCAUUAAAGGCGAGCGCGGCUCACGUUCGCAACAUCGUCAAUCCGCUGGCAGUGAGCAAGUCAAUUCGACUGCUAUAGAAUCGCAGGCGCUAGCACAUGGCGCUGAUCUCAAGACAGCGCAGAAGCAGCAGCCAGAACAAUUGGAACAAAAAUUAGCAGAGGACCAGCAGCAGCAGCAGCAGCAGCUGGAUGAACCACAUACUCCACCCAACAUAAUACUUACACCACGUCCACAACCUCAGCAGCCAUCACCUUCAAGCCCAAAGCCACUAAGCCAGCCUUGCCCAAGGGAUGCAGUUAGCGUGCCACAUGAUCAAUGCGAAAUGGAUCAGUUGUCCAGCAAGUUGAAGGAGAAAAUUGAAGCGGAAACCAAAAAUAUUGAGGAAUUUAUUGAUAAGACUGUUACCGAAACUGUUAGCGGCAUUGUCGAGUUCAAAAACGACCUAAUGCGUGACAUCGAGUUUCCCAAACUAAAGCUGCCUGCUGGUAGCGGUGCUGCCAAUUUGGUAGAUGCCGCCGCUGCGGGUUUGCGCAAACGUAACAUAUCCACAGUACAUGACAACAAUGCUGGCGCUACCAAUGGUUGCGUACAGGAGGAAGACAGUGCUGCGUUUCUAAAGAAGGAAAUUGAGGUUAUAAAUGCUGUCGUGCAACAGUCGGUGGUGCCAGCGGUGCUAAGCAAUGGCCAUGCCAAAUAGUAGCUGGACAAUGAAUACAAUAAACAGCAGCUGCAACUAAUGAACGAUGAACAACUGCGAAGCAUCGCAAUAGCACAUACAACAUGUAACAAAAACGCACAGACA